GCUGUUGUGAAAUGCCCCGCGUCUCCACCAUCCGGUAACGUCUUGCCAGCGCAUCACGACUGCCUUCAAUGCCCGUCUUUAUGCCAUAGCAAAAUAACCCGUUUGCACAAUCGGAAUAAUUGAAAUAGGCUCACAUUAGCCUCAGAAUAUAUUCAGUUGUCAGCGGAUAAGAACGUUUCUUUUAAAUUUUAAGACACGAAGGGUCGUGCUACAGAGAAAUACGCUUUGCGUAGAUUGGCGCGUGCAUCUUCAGGGCGCGAGGACGUCUUGUAUUUACAUUCACAGUAUUGCAGGAGCACAGAUUGGAAUGGCCUCUGCAUCACGCAGAUAUUAACUAUGUGAAAGAUCUGGCAAAACAAAAUGGGGAUGGCUGAGAGGUUGUGUGUGGUGGUGAGCAGCUGAGGUUGGCUGUGAUCUGGAUCUUCUCUACACAUUGAGAGCAUGUACAGGAGGAAUGGGCUCCCUGCCAGCGUCAGCAUCACCUCUGGCCACACACAGGACAGCAGCAGUUCAGAGUCUCUGGAUGGACGGAGCUUGGACUCUGCUAAGAGUUUUGAUGCGGUGGUGUUUGACAUGCUCAAAGUGACACCUGAGGAGUUUGCUAGUCAGAUCACUUUGAUGGAUGCUCCUGUUUUUAAGGCGAUACAGCCUGAGGAGCUGGCCAGCUGUGGAUGGAACAAGAAGGAGAAGCACAGCCUUUCACCCAAUGUUGUGGCCUUCACGCGGAGAUUCAACCAGGUGAGUUUCUGGGCAGUGAGGGAGAUUUUGACAGCUCAAACACUGAAAAUACGAGCAGAAAUAUUGGGCCAUUACAUCAAAAUUGCAAAGAAACUGCUGGAGUUGAAUAACCUGCACUCUCUGGUGUCGGUGGUCUCUGCCCUUCAAAGUGCCCCCAUCUUCAGACUGAGCAAAACCUGGGCAUUGAUCAGUCGAAAGGACAAGGCCACAUUCGAGAAGCUGGAUUUCCUUACGUCAAAGGAGGAGAAUUACAACCGCAUGAGAGAGUACAUCAGAUCCCUCAAAAUGACCCCCUGUAUCCCCUACUUGGGAAUUUACCUGUUUGAUAUGACCUACAUUGACUCCGCCUACCCUGCCUCUGACAGCAUCAUAGAGACAGAGCAGAGAACCAAUCAGAUGAACAAUCUGCUGCGCAUCAUCUCCGACCUUCAAAUGUCUUGUAACUAUGAUCAUUUGGUUAUGUUACCACAUGUGCAGAAGUACCUGAUGUCAGUGCGUUACAUUGAAGAGCUGCAGAAGUUUGUUGAGGAUGACAAUUACACACUAUCUUUGAAGAUUGAACCUGGGAACAGCUCACCUCGUCUGGUGUCCUCCAAAGAAGAUCUUGGAGGUCCCUCAGAAGUGUCAGCUUCAGUGAGAUAUAACCGCCGGCCGACCUGUCCUGAUACAUCAGUGGUAGCCUAUAUCCCCACCCCUCCUCCUGCCCGUCACAGGAAGAGCCACAGCUUGGGAAAUAAUAUGAUGUGCCAGUUUGGUGUGGCGGAGAGUAAAAGUGCAACUUUCCCAGCCAAAGAAAAGGCUCGACACCUGCUGGACGAUAGUUUCUUGGAAUCACACAGUCCUGUCAGAAACCACACUCAUGAUUCAGUGUUCACCAAUGGCAUUUCACUGGGCAGUAGAGAAAGUUCAUUUAGUGAUGAAUUAUCAAGUACUGUUGAAAGAGGUCGUAUGUACGCAACACUCGGUCCAAAUUGGCGAGUUCCAGUCUGUAGGUCCCCUAGAAGCAGAAGUUAUGUUUACAGUACCUCUGGGGCUGUGUCCAGCUAUGAAUGCAGUUCUCUGAGCAGUAUAACCAUUGAAGGGCCAUUACGAAGGAAGACACUGAUGAAGGAGGGCAAAAAACCAACUCUCUCAUCAUGGAGGCGAUACUGGAUUGUGUUGUCUGGCUCUAUACUUAUCUAUUUUGGUUCUAAAGCACUAAGAGCAAAUGAACGAAGACAUUACAAAUCCAGGCCAUGUAAAAAAAUCACACUCACAGGUUGGAUGGUGGCACUGCCCGACAACCCUGAACAUCCAAACAUUUUCCAGCUCACUGAUCCUGAAAGAGGCAAUGUUUACAAGUUCCAGACUGGAUCACGUUUCUCUGCAGUAAUCUGGCACAAACAUCUGGCCGAGGCUUGCAGAAGUACAAAACCACAGAUACCAGCAAACCUCAUGUCUUUUGAAUAGUCUUGGAAAGCGAAAAACAAAUCAGCGGAAUUGUAAGAUGUGAAUACCUACAAAAUGUGAAAGAUUUUUGAUCUGUAGCCAAAAGGUGAUGAUAUUUUUACACUUCGGAGAAUGAAACUGCGUUUUGGGCACCUCAGCCUCCAUGCAAGCGGACCUAAUACUGGAGUCUCUGGAAGCUGUAUAUAUAUUGCAAAAGUCAGAAAUUCAUUUAUGGACGCUUUUCCAUUGGAUUGUACAGCUUGGUACAGCUCACUUUCAUUGUGUACAGUAACUAGUACCUAAUACUCUUUUUAGUACCGCCCCGGUUAAGGUUUCAAGCAAGCCGUACCUAUACCAAAACAUGGCGUAUACACUGCAGAUCACUAAUUGGUCAGAGAGAAUCGUCACUACUGGCGACAUUGCUUUAAUGUACGAUAUCAAGAACACCAUUCCAUCUAUAUGACAGAGCGCAGUU